AUGCCGCAGGAUAUGCCGCCAACGGGCGGCUACAGCCCCGUACAAUACAAGCGCAACUUGCCCGUACGAGGCUUCCGCCCCGCCGCAUACCUUUUCGGAACCGCGGCGCUCAUGACAUACGGAUUCUGGAGGGUUGGACAGGGAAUCAGGGAGCACAAUGAACUCGCGCGCGAGAAGAUGUGGGCGCGGAUACACCUCAUCCCAGCACUGCAGGCCGAAGAAGACCGGGACCAAGUACGAAGGCAUUUGGCGGACAAGGCGAGGGAGAAGGAGCUACUUGGCACAGAGACCAAGGUCUACAACAGCGACAGCUCAACUAUGUCUUUCUUUACUAACAUGCUCCAAGGUUUCGCGAGCACAGCACCUAUCCGCACAAACUCUUCACCACAUACAAGCGGCAAUGUCAUCCCCAGCCAAAUUGACGACGAAGACUGGGAGAUUGUCAACCCACACGAAGCUGGUGUGUCCUACUACGACCGCGUCACACUUCUCCUCGGUCCUCGUCAAGAGACGUGCCAUCAGAUUCUCCUUGUCGACAUACCCAAGUUUUCUAAACUUUUGAAUAAACUCAAAAUGCUCGCGCCACCACGCCGCACCAUACAUCUCUCUUUCAUCGACCUAUCGAUGAUAAAAUCGUACCUCAGUUCCCAGUCUAUAUCCGCUGAUGCAAUGGCGAUUGAAUUUUCCUGGAUGAACAUCAUCAAACUAGCUGCCACCGCCGAUAUGUUCCAGGAUACCGUCAUCGAAGAUAGGGCACUCGCAGCGCUCACGCAAAAGGCUAUCAUAGCAGUUUCGCCUAGUAAUGCAGUAUCACUCUUCAAAGAGGAAGACUUUGCAUUCGCCUCCACAUACCACAUCGAGACGGGCGAAGGGGACAAGCUUAUCAAGACGCUGCGUGAUAUUCAACAAACGGACGAGCGUGAAUCUGAUAUACCUGUGAUGAAGCUGCCAAGGGCUGGAGAUGUGAGGCCGAAGUCGAAGCCGGAGGAGGUCAAGCAGAAGGUUUCGGAUACCAAGUACAGUAAAAGCGUCUUGAAGGAUAAAGAAUUUAGCGCUGCAAAGAAGGAGGAAGAUGACAGGGUGCACCCGAUAAGGCAACCAACCGUGCCACCUAGCAUCGAAGCCUUGAAGCGCGGGGAUGCGAAGAAUUUCGUUUGGCGCUGA